AUGGAAUCAAACAACAAACCAUCGACGUCACAAAAUCUCCAAUCCGAUUCGUCUGACGAUGAUGAUGAACAUCCUGAAAACUUAUCCACUGAAGAGAUAUGUCAUAAAAUAAAGGCGUUUCGAAAUUUAUGUUUUGGAAACGGAAUAAAUGUUUCCAACGCAUUUGACAUUGAUAUGAUUGGAUGUUUUUAUUCUUGGUUGGAGAAAAAAAAAAGCUCAAUCUUUGAUGAUAAUAACGAUAUCACCUUGUUCCAUGAGAUAAGUGACUAUAUUGAAGCCUCAGCCAUAGUCUAUUCUUAUUGUGUUGACAAUUUGACAGAAACAACUAGUAGACAAGUUGAACAAUUUAAAUCCAUGAACUUCAAAAAAGUACAACUCCAAUGGAUGAUGAUAAUGCAUCGACAAUUCAGAAACCAAAGAAAAGUGUUUUUAAAAAAAAAAUUUUUUAUUAAUAAUAUAUGUAAUAAAUUUACAAACUGUACAAUUUGUAGGUAA